AUGGAUGAGGCGAAACUCCAGCGAAUGGAUGCUCUUCAGAAGAAGUUCCAAGAGUUUAAGUCUUUCGAAAGAUUAACUCAGGAAGCAGUAGAUAACAAAUGGCGCGAUAUUAUGAUGAGCGAAAAGCUCCAAGAGCAGAAAUCGUCCAUUGAUAAUAUUAGAGUAAACUACGUAAAGCAACUUGACCGUCUUGACUCAGUUAUUCAUCGCUUGCUUCAGUGGAUUACAGAUGGUGAAGCACAAUACCAGUUUGCGCUUAGAGCACACAAGCAAAAUCUUGAUAACUUGACUGCUUUAGCAAACAAACGUUUAGAUACUGAAGAAGAUCGUUUUAAUAAAGCUUUAGAUUCAAUUGUUACAAAGUACGAAGCAAACAAGGCAAAGUCACUUGAAGAAUUCAAUUCCCAUGUUGCUGAAGUCAGAGACAUCAAAAAUGCUAUUGAACACGAAUACGCUCAAAAGAAAGAAGACUUAGAAAACAAAUUCAGGACAGAGAAAGACCAAUUGACAAUGAAGAGCCAGGAAGCUAUCUCAGCUCUCAGAACUCACCUUCUUGAUGAAACAAAGAAAGUUCUCGAUCGCCAGCAAACAGAAUCCAACUUAUUCAAGCAAAAAUCCAACGAUAAGUUACAAACCUUCCAGCAGAUGUACGAAAAGCAUCGUAAUAACCAGAUAACAAUGAAGAAGAACGAGGCUACAAUCAUCAAAUUACAAAGCCAAAUCUCACAUUGGCGCCGUAAGAUAAAGAACAACGAACGCGAGUCCCGCGAAUCGAAUGACCGCCUUCGCCAAGAGAAGGACAACCUCAGCCAUCACUUCCGCGACUUGAAAGAAGUUAUGGCCAAAUUCAGACAAGUAGAAUGGAGAAAGAGGGCGGAUGUUGCAACAGCCUUCGAAGAUGCUAUCAAUCUCCUUCAGGCAAAGCUCUCUGAUGCUGAAAAGAUUCUCAAAUAUGCGGAAAUUACAAGGAAACUCGAAACCGAGCGCGAACAAGUCAUGCCAUUCCCACAUUCAAUCGUAGAGACAGAUCCCGAAAUCCAACGCCAGAUGGCCCAGUUCAAAUUACAAAUGAAAGGUGAUUCCAAGUACGUUGCUGAAUCAGACAUGUUCGACAAGUUCUACCGCCGCUUCAACAAGGUUCUCUUGGAGAAGAUGGCCCUCCAAAGAGAAAAGGAAAAGCUCCAGAAGACAAAUCAAAGAUUGAAGACCAUGAUGAAGAACUACAUGGAAGGAAUGGCAGUAAACGAGACAACAAUGAGCAAGGAUAACACCUUGUUCAUCGUAAAUCAACGUACAAACGCUCCAUUGCGCAAAGUUGACCAAGACGGAAUCCCAAUCAUCGAUGCUGCACUUACUGUUGGCGCUGAUAAGCUCCAAGGAUACUAA